UUAAACCCUAAAUUUAGGUUUUUAUGAUCUGUAUCUCUUCAGAAAUGGAGCGGAAUACAUUUGUCAUGCUUAUUCUCUCAGCUGUCUUCAGUUUAUCUGCAAGUGUCCCACGUCAGUAUCACUUUGUGAAUAUAAAUUUGACCUGGACUGAAGCUCAGAGAUACUGCAGAGAGAAUUACACAGAUCUGGCCACCAUCAACAACAAGAAUGACAUAGAAGAGCUGCUGAAGAGUGUGAAUGAUGAUCCGGUUCAGUUUGUGUGGAUUGGGCUGCAGAAGACAGUCAGUUAUAAAUGGAAGUGGUCUCUGGGUGACCCUGCGUUCUACACAGGAAAUGAUGCACAAUAUCGCAACUGGGCACAGGGACAACCAAAUGGUGAUGGUGACUGUAGUAACAUGAAUCCUGGACAAUGGAAUGAUUAUGGAUGUAAUAACAGCUUACCUUUCAUAUGUUACAAUGACAGCAGUAAAGGAUAUAUCCCUGUGAAUUGGACAAUGACUUGGAGAGCUGCUCAGAGAUUCUGCAGAGAGUAUCACACAGAUCUGGUCAGUGUGAGGAACCAGACAGAGAAUCAACAGAUUGAGAAGAUCUGGAAUGAUACACGUAUUAUAUCUGGAGUCUGGAUCGGUCUGUUCAGAGACUCAUGGGAGUGGUCCGAUCAGAGUAAAUCCUCAUUCAGAAACUGGAUCACAGGUGUAUCUGAUAAUGUUAGGGGGAAGAAAAACUGUGCAGUGAUUUGGGUCAAUAAAGUCCGUGGACAAUUGUAUGACAGGACUUGUAAUUUAAAAUAUCCCUUUAUCUGCCAUGAAGAUAAACUGGUUUUGAUUAAGCAGAAUCUGAGCUGGCCAGAAGCUCUGAAAUACUGCAGAGAGAAUCACGUGGAUCUGGUGUCAGUUCACUCUGAGCAGAUUCAGCGUCAGGUGAUGAAUGUGGUUCAGAAGGCCUCCACUGCUGAAGUGUGGAUGGGUCUACAUCACUACUGUGCAAUGAACAUGUGGAUCUGGUUGAGGGGGGAGGUUGUGUGCUAUCAGAACUGGGCUGCAGGUCACGGGACCGGAGUGGAUGACUGCAUGCAUGUACCGAGAGCUACUCUGUAUCUGUGUAUCUGUGUAAUGUUCUGGACACCGCUAGAGGUCGUCAUCACUGUUUCCUGUUUGUAUUCUGUUAUGUAG